AUGUGGUUUGAAACUCGUGAGAAACGGGGAAGUACCGCUACUACAGAUAGUAGCGCUAAAUCCAAAGCCAUAUGGUCAGAUCAGAGCGAGGCAUCCAGUGCUCCAACUACUGCCCCGACUAGUUCCGAGAACCCUGUAAAGAUCGAAAAGCGUUACUCGAAACAGGCAAAGUCGAAAAAAGGGAAAACACAAGAGCACGGAGUUAAGAGAUUCAAAGCCAGAGAAGAAAAGAAAAAGCGUGACAAAGAGAUAAUUGGACAUCCUGGACCAGCUCCAGGUCACCCCUCAAUAUCCGAUUGUGAUGUCGAUUACGCUGAUCUUGAAACUCGAAUCGAGAGAUGCCGGUACCGAAUUGCGCAAGGUGUCUGCGUUCAAAUCAAUACACUAAAGCUGGCCGCGUUGGAAAAGAGAUUCCAGGAACAACAAAAAGUUAUGGCGCUCGCACCGGGACUCAGCUGGCCCACGAUUUGUCGCUUAGAAAGCUUGAAGAUCAUUGAAGAGGAAUUGGAACGUCAAGGAGAUCCUUGUAAAGAACUUCUGAAUGUCAGAGCAAUUAUGAAUGCUUAUCAGUCCCAGCGUCUUGAGGUGAACGGCAACGUCACCUUUUGGUGUAAUGGUGAACUUCUUGCGGGUCCUCAGCGCUUUAACUGGGAUGACUUUUGGAGAUUGAAUACCGCGGAAAAUAGGAAGGGAUCGGGAUUCUGGCUUGAGUGUUUAAACCAUACUGUUCGACUUAAGACAUCCAACAAUUUGCAUCAGGCCGAUUUCAGACCGGAGGUAGAUAUGAACUUUUUGGAUGAUACUGGAUCAAGCAUAAUGAUGAUCUUCAAGGAUGAUAUGCAAAAGAUGCUAGGAGUUUCAGAUACUGAGAUUUGGCCCUGGGAUCAUAUUCUUGGAUAUGCUAUACACAAUGUAGCAAACGGCGCUUCCGUUGUCGUAUUGCAUAUAGCGGUAGAGGUUAAUAUGGUAGAAAGGGAGCCUGGACAAAAGGCAUCACCCAAGUUCAUGGGAGAACGUUGGACGACAGCCGCUUGUGGAAUUCAUAAUGAAUUCUCGUGGGAACGCGGCAUUGGCCAGGAUAUUCGAUUAAAUGGUCCCUUCUUGCGAACCGCUCUAUAUACUGGAACUGCGCCUGAAGUCAUUGGCAGCAAAGUAAAGAUGUAUAUAGCCAAGUCUAGGGAUGGUCUUCUGGGCAAGCAUUCGAGCAACGCAUCCGGUGGUGACCAAGCUCUCAUGCCCAGUGUUGAUAUACAGUACUCGGUGGAUCCUGAUUAUUCUCGUCCCUAUGGAUGGUGGAAGGGAAUAGAUCCUACAAAUGGAUUAGAGGAGCCAUGUCCCUUUUACCCCCCAAUUAGUGGACCUCCUGGGAAAAUGCCUUGGGAGCUCAAACCCUGA